GCCAAGUUUUGUAUAUGAAUCACCAUAAAGCGCUGCAGCUGUUUCCAGCGCUCUCUCAUGAGUCAUUGAGUUACGAUGCCUGCUCUGCAGCUGGACGCCCGAUCUCCUGACACUCCAGUGGUCACCGUUACCUCGUACAUUGGGGAUUCACCCACGGCGGUGGUAUCGACAUCGGCGACGCCAGGACAGAACAUCCCCGUACCGUCGAUAGUCGGUGGCGUAGCGGGAGGUGUCUUUCUGGCCUUGAUCGCUGUGAUCGGCUGGACUUGGUGGGGAAAGUCGAUCAAGCGGGAGAAUGAAAAGCGAUGGAGGGAGGCGAGGAAAAUGCUCACGACCAAAGAAAACACACGGAGAAAUGCUUACACUGGCACCACCUACCCGUACUUGCCCUCUGCGCUUGUGCCCAAGCCGGACAGGAAGGUCAAAUUCGCGGGUUCGCUCCGCCGCAAAAGCGGUGAUGAAACCGUCCCUCUGGCAGACAACAGGGAGCCUACGCCGACGAAGGACUGCUUUGUACAUGUGCAGGGGAUAGCAAUCACCACUGAUGAGGAACAGCCAUCAAAGAAAGAACCUAUUCGCCCAGGUGUUGCACCGACAGGCGUGCCCUUUGGCAGUGCGUCUCGUAUUCCGACAGUGCGCUGGGACAGAGGCUUGAUCCCUCGCCUGGAACAUAAGGCGUCAACGCUCACGGUGGGCUCCGAGUCCGUGUACUCAACGCAGAGCGGAGAGCCACAUAUCGAGCGAGAUUCAAAAGGCUUUUUCUCGGCGCUCGAUCCGCGCAGGCUGUCGACGUGGACACGCAGCUCCGGGUCCGUAUACUCGCAGCCGGAUGAACCUAUUCCCCCUCCGACUCUACAGCCACUGCCUCCCGUAGCUGUAUCCCAGCAACAGGGUCGAACGCCGGAGCGUCAUCCGAAGGCUGCAGUGGACCAGC